AUGUUUCCUUCUCCCCAUCAACGACAAAAACAAAAUGUAAAAUCAAAUGUUAAACCAGGAUUUUAUACAAUUGAAUUAAACAAAUCUGUUUGGGUUAUUCCUGAAUGUUAUCAAAAACUUACUCCCGUGGGGACUGGUGCUUAUGGAGCUGUUUGCUCUGCUGAAUGUAUAACUACCGGUGAUCGAGUUGCAAUUAAAAAAUUUACUCGUCCAUUCCAAAGCCCAAUCCAUGCAAAAAGAACACAAAGGGAAUUGAGACUUUUACGUUUAAUGAGACACGAAAAUGUUAUUGAUUUAUAUGAUAUGUUUACUCCUGAUAAUUCUGCUGAAACUUUAGAGGAUGUUUAUUUUGUUUCAAUUUUAAUGGGUGCAGACCUUUCAAAUAUUUUAAAGAUUCAGCGACUUAGUGAUGAUCACAUUCAAUUUUUGGUUUAUCAAAUAUUACGUGCCCUAAAAUAUAUUCAUUCAGCAGGAAUUAUCCACAGAGAUUUAAAGCCCUCAAAUAUAGCUGUAAAUGAAGAUUGUGAAUUAAAAAUUUUGGAUUUUGGUUUGGCUAGACAAGCAGAUCAAGAAAUGACUGGGUAUGUGGCUACACGUUGGUAUAGGGCACCUGAAAUUAUGUUAAAUUGGAUGCAUUAUACACAAACUGUUGAUAUUUGGUCUGUUGGUUGUAUUAUGGCAGAAUUGAUAACUGGAAAAACAUUAUUUCCUGGAGCUGAUCAUAUUGACCAAUUAACACGUAUAAUGUCUGUUUGUGGAACUCCUAGUGAAGAAUUUUUAAAAAAAAUUUCGUCAGAAGAAGCUCGAAAUUAUAUUAGAAAUAUGCCUAGAAUUGAAAGAAAAAAUUUUAAAUCCUUUUUCCAAGCGGCAACUCCUGAAGCUGUUGAUUUUCUUGAAAGAACGUUAAAUUUAGAUCCAGAUUAUAGGUAA